GCUGUGGGCUCGUUAUAUCGGAAAUUCGACAAUAGAAAAUUAGAAAACAUUUGCAUCUUUCUGUCUGGCAGAGUGGCAGUGCUAUCGUAUCAGAAAAAAAAUCUUUAUUGCCUAUGUUUUGGUAAUGUCAUUCGUGAAUGCAGUAUUGCAGUUUGCAAUAAUACCAUCGUGAUUUUUAUCGUAAAAUAAAUAUCGUAGGUAGCUAAACUAAUGAGUACAGGUGAAUGCUAUUAAAUGAUAAUUCCUGAAAAUAAAUUGUGAAGUAAUCGAUUGUUCAUAAAACAUUAUAUAUACGAUAACAUCUGGCUCGGGCUCCGUGAUCAUCUUCGAUCGGCUACCCUGGAACCAUCUUGACUUGAGCUACCUACAUAAUCAAAGCUGUGGUGCACCUUGUAUUUCAAGAAUUGUCAAGUCAAAAGACGAAGAAUGAAGAAUUAGAAGAGAGAAGAAAACUAGUGAUAAGUGAUUCAGUUUAUGACCGUUUGAUGGUCAUAAACAAAGUGUAGUGCAUCAAGAUGGAUUUACCGGACUGCCCUCCAGGGGCAGAAGGAUAUGAAGAUACUGUUGUUGAAAUACCUCGGAAGCCAGAUGAUGCUACAUGUACCAAGGCCGAACAGGAGUUUCAGGAUCACAUCGCGAGCUUGAAGAUUCAUGUGGACGAUGGCACCACGCGGUGUAUGGUGGAGCGCCGAGGGCGAGAUAUAUCCGGCAAGUGGAUAUAUGUCUGCUACCCGUGUGCGGCUGUCUGCAGCGGCGAGGGCGUUCUGCAGACACAUAUAUCGGGCAAGAAACACAAGAGCAAGCUAGGUCUGAAGAACCCGUGGCCUGCCAGCAUAUUUACGCAACACCCAUACAUACUCAAUGAAAAGAGCGAAACUUCCUCUCAUAAUAAAACUGAUAGUGUCUCAGUAGCCGUGCUGAAGAAAAUGGCGGACGAGGUGGACCUGUUCAACAAGAAGCCAUCAGAGCUUAACCUCAAGUACAAUAAAUACCGCGACGCCACCUGCCAUCUGCAGGAUAUCUUGGACGACGUCAAGACUCCGCUCCUGGCCUUGGAAUACCUGAUCGAACACCCCCCCGAAGAGCCGCACCACGAGCCGACAUACGUGUGCACUCUGUGUUUGAAACAAGGCCACCCGCGCACCAUCAUCAACCAUCUCACAUGUUUCUGGCAUCGCUACAAUUACGUUAUGCGUCACUUUCCGAAGGCGUGUGCGCUACUGGCACCGUACCGGUCGCAGUCGAAGUACCGCGAAGGCGUCACCAUCAUCAUGAAAAGAUUAGUGCAGCGCAUUGAAGACAAGUAUGGCCGCCUUAGACCUGUGAACAUCGACAAGGAUGUGUACGACAGGGAAAAGGAUCAAAUUCACCAGUGGCUGGCCAGUAGCUACCACUUCAACGAAAAGCCAGGCGCCACUUUUGAGGAAGUCGUGGACAUUGACCUCAUUAAUUCUUUGUCCAAUGAUGCUGAAGCAAAUUCAUACAACAGAGGCGGGAACAAAAGAGACUUUGAAGCCAGAAAAAAGGAUCCCUCCCCGCCCGUCGUGGCAGCUCCUACUAAACCUCGCUUGGGGUCGCGUCCGCGGCGGCAGUCGGCGGAUUCGCUGUCGGACAUCAGUCUGGAGGAGCACGGCGACGACCGGCGACCGCAUCACUCCAACAGAGGCCACGGUUCGUCGCAACGCUAUGAGCCGUACUCGAAGUCGAAUGGCCCCAAUUCGAACGUGUACCGCUCGUGGUACGACAGGAAGAAGAAUCCAGACGUGCGCACGGAUAAGGAGAUCCAGAGGGAGAUAGAAAAACGUAACUACAAAUUGAAACUCACAUUGGAGCUGCGUGAAAAGUUCGAGGUGUCAUCUAAAAAGAUGUUGAUGUAUCACGAGAAAAACCCGGAGAAACAUCCGCUGUACCCUGAGGAGUGGAAGAAAUUCUGGAACCGACGCUACAAGGAAAUACAGGCUGAGGGGAAAGACCCUUCAAAGCACGACUUCAAGCCGGAGUGGAUAACUUUCUGGACGGCUCGCAUGAAGGAACUACAUGACGAGGAGCUGAAGAUCCACGUACAUGAGUUGUACAGGAAGAUGUGUCUGACGCCGCCCGACAUGACGAAGAGUGACGAGAAGGUUCCAGAAAGAAGGCCCUCCCCACGUAGGAAGAGUCAGGAACCGCGCUGGUCUCCAGGAAGUAGGAGGCGCUCCCCUGAACCCAGGCGCCUCGAGCCCCGGAGAAGGUCACCCGACCCCCGCAGGAGAUCCCCCGACCCCCGCAGGAGAUCCCCCGACCCCCGCAGAAGAUCUCCAGACAGCCGCAAAGGGUCCCAGGGCCCCCGCAGACCAGACCAUUACAGACCGGAGCCUCACAGACCGGCGCCUCACAGACCAGACCCCUACAGACUGGACAGGAGGUCCCCGGUCCCCCGACGUCGCUCGCCGGAGCGGAGGAGGUCGCCCGAGCCGCGACCGCACAGCAUUGAUUACCGACGUGAUCUUAGAUCUCCGUCGAGGCCCUCGUCGCGGCGCUCCUCCGAGCGGCACCACGAACUGAUGAGGACCGACAAAACUCGCUCGCGCAGCCCCGUGCGACCCCGCCGCAGCCCCGCGCGCACGCACAUAUCGCUGGAGAGCGCGCGCAGCAGCCGCAGCCCACUGUCGAUCCGCGCGGGCGCGCAGCUCCGCAACCGCAGCCCCGCGCCCGCCGCCACGCCGCCCAGUCUGCAGACUGUGCUCGUGUCUGACGACGACCUCAAGCCCGAGGACGACUUGUCCCCGUGGAACUCCGAGCGGUCGCUGGAGUCGCUGGGGUCGCUGCCGGACGCGCGCUCGCCGCCGCGCUCGCGCGCCGCCAGCGAAGCCUCGCGCCGCACGAUAUACUCGCGCUCCUGCCAUCCGCAGGACCUAGGCCCUCCGGAAAACAUUGUCGCUACGCUAAGGUUGCUCGUGGCAUUAGAAGACUAUCUGGGCAGCAUCGGACCCAAGAUUGUGGAUCUACUCACUGAGGCACUAAAGAUGGAGAAGGAGAAAGCGAACUCAUCGGAAGAGCUGCUGGUGCGCGACGCGGCGGUGGUGCUGAUAGAGACGGCGAAGGAGAAGCUGAAGGGCGCGGCGCAGGCGGGGCUGGUGGCGGCGGGCGCGGCGGCCGCAGUGCGCGGCGCCGUCGUGCGCGUCGCCGCCACGCUCCACGCCGCCGACACCAGGGCUACGCAGCUACAGAAGGAACAACAAGCAACGAAGAAGCCAACAGCGAUGCCCGUGGCGGGUGUCGGUGACGUCGAUCGCGCGCAGAUCGCCGAGCAAAUGGCCGCUGCGCUCAUAGCCCAGGGGAAAACGGACGUGUCUUCCGAAGAACUAGCCCAAUUGGUCGACGCCGUCAUCGGAAUGGCCGAAGCGAAGAAACGAGAGGCGGCCGAGAAAAGCCGCGUGGUCGAGCGAGUCGUGGAGAAACCUAAGCCAUCGCCGGGGGCGACGGGAACCGCCACCGCUUUGCAGAUGCUCCAGUCGGCUUAUGAUGAGAAUGAUAAGAGGAUCGAAACUGACACCACCCCGGACGCCAUGGACGGGCUCUCGGACUCGGACCUCGAGACGUUGCUGAAGAACUUCAACGAACUUUCAGCGGAGGAGCAGCACAGCCUCAUCGCGUACCUCAAGAAGUUGGAGGCGCGCUCGCCGCAGCGCGUGGAGCGCCUGCGCCAGUACGUGAGCGCCGCCGCCGCGCCCGCCCCCGCCCUCGCCCUCGCCCCCGCCCCCGCCCCCGCCGCGCCGCCGCAAGGCCCCGCCCACCCCAGACUAGUCACCAUUGAGAGCGACGAUGACGAUGACUAUACGGUGGAAGAGGUCUUUAAAUCGGCUACUGAAAAAGUCAAAGAGAAUCAAAUACGCCAAGAAAUGGAAAUCGUAAAGAAAUCGUUAGAAGAAUCUAAAGCAGCACCUGCUCCGAUAGUAGACGAAGAACCGAAACCAGCACCGGCGCCUAGCGUGCUGCCGACGAUAGAUCUCACGGGGAACAUGUCCUCGGCCACCGACCUCCUGGCUUUAGUUCAAGCUUCCAUACAAUCCACUGUUAAAGUAAUGCCGGCGUCUUCAGAUACUGUGGACGUUGUGGCCAGCACCACUCAACCCAGAUCCUUCGGCGAUCGAUCGGAAACUGCCAAUCAGCCACCGCGACAGCCGCUCGCGAACCCUUCCAUACCUCCCCAACAAUUCGGAAACCAAGGCCAACAGCGUCUGCCGCCGAAUUUUCAAAAUAGACCUAAUGAUUCUUACAAUAACGACCCAUGGUCUAAUCAGGGACAAGGUAAUCUUCAAGACAACAGGUCUUUUAUGCCAGGUAACAGAGGUCCCAUGCAGGAUAAUAGAGGUCCUCCCAUGAAUGACAACAGAGGGCUAAUGCAAGAUAACAGACCUAUGCAAGGAGGUAUACAGGAUAAUAGAGGUCCGAUGCAGGGAGAUCCAAUGCAGGGAGGUCCAAUGCAGGGAGGUCCAAUGCAGGGAGGUCCAAUGCAGGGAGGUCCAAUGCAGGGAGGUCCAAUGCAGGGAGGUCCAAUGCAGGGAGGUCCAAUGCAGGAAGGUCCAAUGCAGGGAGGUCCAAUGCAGGGAGGUCCAAUGCAGGAAGGUCCAAUGCAGGAUAACAGACACAUGCAAGGGGGUAUGCACGGAGGCCCCUUGCAAGGAGGUACGCAUGGAGGCCCUAUGCAAGGACAAAUGCAGGACAAUAGGGGCAUGAUGCAAGAUAAUAGACCACCAUACAUGCAAGGAAACAGACCUUUCAUGCAAGACAACAGAGGGCAAAAUAUGCAGAAUAGACAUCCGUUAAUUCCAGGGCUUCCUGUUAGGCCUCAAGGGAACUAUGGCUCAGAUCCUUACAACCAAGGGCCGAGAGGUAACUUCAUGAACGGAAGGAUGGACAACUAUGAUACGAGACCUAUGGAUAUGAACCAACAACAAAACAAUUUCAGAGGUAGAGGCAGAGGUCCCAGAGGCGGAGGGCGGGGUCGUGGUAGAGGAUAUUAUUAAAAUUUUAUUUCGUAACUGAUACGCAGUAUUGUAUCAAGGUUUUUUAGUAUUGCAAUAUCCAAGAUAUCUUUGUAAGUUGAUGAAAUAAAUGCUAUUGUGAUUAUACUA